AUGUGUGAUACACUUGAGGUCGAAUUAAGCUACUCCAUGGAUAAGCUUAUGUCUGCGAGAUCUUCGGUGAAGUUGAACGAGAGUCAUGGUUACUGCGAGACAAGCCAAGGUCACCGUUUUUCGUCCUCCUUUAUCCCAGGACUCGAAGAAGAUUUUUUUGUUUUUGAUGAUGCUUUUCCGUUCUUCUUCUCCCACGCAGUGAUCGCCUCGAAAUUAACGGUGAGCAUCAAAAACAAACAAAACGACCUGCUCUGCAUGGAUGCGCCAUUCCGCUUGGUACUUUUUCCAAGGUUCACCAGCCUGUCUCUGGAAGAAACGUAUCCAAAGCAGCUGUACGAUGCAUUGCCUUCUGGAGACCGCUUUGCGACCGCCUUUUUACAGCCUAAAUAUGUGGCCCCGGCCCAAGCCUGA